AUGGUGAAAUACGCAGAUAUGAUUGGUGGACUAGCCACUCCAACGCGUGAUGGCAAUGACCAUCAUCGGGGUGUGUUAACAGAUGCAAGCUCUCGCAUGAAUAGGCAACGUACCAACAGCUUCAACGCAAAACCACAAUACCAAUACCUCUCACCAGAAUCCUUUACCACUCCUGAUUGCAAAGGGUUCAACAUCGAUUAUUAUCUCGAAACUUCUGGCAAAUCAUCUCAAUCUCCACACAGAAGAUUGAGACGCGAUACUAGUACCAGAACAUUACGAAGUCUUGCUCGUCACCAACGAACUCGAGGGAAUUGCAAUCAAUACGACACAGUUCCAUAUACACCUUCAAAGCUUUCUAAGGUAAUGAUUGCUGAGUACGAGCUCGACAUUUCAGACAUUGACACACCUCUUACAACGAUGCCUACCAGACUGUCGCUCAAUAAGAAGUUACCGCCUAAGCCAAUUUUCCGCCUUGAAAAUUCACCCGAGCGCCGUGGUUUGCUGGAUGCCACCGAUCUCAGUUCGUCCGCUUUGCAAUUUCCUAUCCUCCAGCCAAACCCCGUUGUUAGUAAAUCCGCAAUUGAAGAAAGUUCCCUCACAGACUCUGUUACUACAGUAUCUCAUACUCAAGAUUCCGCCUUUGUCGUUACAUCAUCAUUCGCCUACAAUUCGGACACCGAUUCUGUUUUUGAAGUUGGCACUGCUCAGAUUGGCACUGCCUACGGCGCCUCGACAAAUAUACAACUUCCGACUCCUCCAGAAGACAAAAAUAUGGUUGUUCCAAGGGUUCGUGAGACAAAUGCUACUAAACUGGCCAAUACAUCUGGAACAGACGCAGCCAAAAACCACAUUCUCGAAGUUCCAAGUGGCAAUGAUUGUCUAGCAUCCCCAAGUCACAUUGCUUCCAUGAAGGAUAACGGUAGCCCCUUGCCUAAAAACCAACGUUUUAGCAGAUCCAGCUUAAUCAAUGAUGAAAGCAGUUACCCCAAGGUCGUCGAUAACGUCAUUUCCCGCUUUUCAACACAUCAGCAAACUCCUUUGUCCACGAAUAUUGAGAACAACGACGAGCCUUCGGUCAGAAGUAUAAUCGACGUUGGCAGCAAUGAUGGUUUAAAUGACCUUCUAACCCGUAUCAUUGUUGAUGGCUCUGAUGGCGUGACAGGAAUUGUUGCUCAAGAUAUUCCCAACGAUGGUCUUACUGAAGAAAUCACUGAUAAUACGCUCGAAGUUACCGACCAAGGAGACUUUGCUCAAUCAACUGCCAAUAUCACUAAUCAAGAACAAAUCAUCCAAGUCGCUACCAAUACCGCUCUUCAAGCUAUCGCCCAUUGUGGUCCAAUUGGCCGAUCUGAGAGCCAAACAACUAUAGGUAGAAAGAGAGAAAUGUCGCUGGUUCCCUCCACACGCUUUGCUAGAAACGCCGAUAGGAUUGUUCUGGGCACAUCGCCACCUUAUUCUAAGGUCAGCACUCGUCUCUACAUCGACGAGUUCCCUGAAGAUAUUGAACAAUCAAACACUGUCCUCGAAAAGAUAGCAAGAAAGAAAACGCCGGUAGUGAAGCCAAAGGGAAUUAGCGCUGCUACCUCGAAGUUUGGUAAACGCAAGUCGUCUCUGCCAGACUCUGCAGAGAAUAAAACCCUGAAGCCGACCGAACUCACUCUAGAGAAGAAACAAUCGUUGACAGACCGUUUGUCAAAGCCAACUGCCUCUUCCGCAGCUCGCGCCAACGCCAAUGCGAAGUCCCGCAAGUCAGAGCCUGCUUCAAAGUCGAGUGCGAUGUCUUCUGUCAAGAAUGCUGGAAGAGGUCUCAAGAGCCGCCUUUCCGGAAUGAUGCGAAACCGCCGUACUUCAGAAGUAGUUGUUAUGGACCCACCUAUUGCUGCUUCUAUUAGUGCCCCAGAAGAAGCCUUUACUCAGCACGAUAUUCCUACUGUUAUCGUGGAAAAGGCACCUGAAAUUUCUCCUUUCGUCAAUGAUCGUGACGUCGGUGAGGAAUUCGCGUCGUUUUACAGUGAAAUAACCUACUUUACCGAGCGGGUCAAUCAAGUUGGUUCAGGUGAGCAUGCAACCAACAAUUCAGCCGGCCGAAGCAGACUUGUUAGCUCUCAGGUCGUCGAAACUUCUGUGGAAGCUGCCGAUUCAACCGCACAGAUGGCCGAUUACCCUACAUCAGUUGCAAAGCACUCUGUGAUGUCCACUGCUCAAGUUGACGCCAUUUUCAGAGAGCAAGAUGCAUCGCCAUCAGACUCUGUUAUUGAGCACCGUAUUCAAACUUUGUCACUGGGUGCACCUAAGCGUUCUCCUCCAUCAGUUACAAAUUCAUAUGUACAAGUUCAAGGAAAUGGUCAAAAUGACGUCCAAGUCACUGCUGGAAAUGGUGCUUCAGACCCACCACCUAGAGAGAACGGCAAUGACGGGCAUGCGCAUGAGCAACCCUUACCGCCAUCCGUCGAGGAAUCGCUUACUGAAAUCAAGAAUACGCUUGAUUCCCUUCGACAUGCUCUUACUGUUGAACCAGAUCCAGCUCAACAGAUCGUUCUCGCUGGCUGUGCUGUAUUCCUUACACACAAAGUUCAAGCUAUCAACAAUAACCGCAAGCUUCGUUUGCUUCUACAGAAAGCACAGGAUGUUAUGGUACUUGACGCUUCAGUCGAAGCUUUAGCAGCUAAGAGAACUCUACGCCAGUUGGGACAUCGAGUCGACGCUGCGAUUAUCAAUCAUAAUUAA